AUGGCGAAAUUGUUGAACGGCGUGAAAGUCGUUGAACUCUCCGGUUUGGCGCCAGUGCCACAUUGUGGCCUUGUAUUAGCGGAUUUCGGCGCUCAGGUAACCGUCGUCGAAAAGAAAGAGUUUCAAACAAUCGAGCAGCGUCUCAAUCGUGGAAAGGAUCUUGUAUUGCUGGAUCUUAAAGAUCCCACCGACUUGAAAAAAGUUCAAGAUAUGUGCAAAGUCUCCGAUGUUCUUUUAGAUCCUUAUCGCCCAGGAAUAUUGGAAAAAAUUGGACUCGACCCUUUAAAGCUUCUUCAACAAAAUGAGCGACUAAUAAUAUGUCGAAUCACCGGAUAUGGUCAAACUGGAAGGAUGAGAAGUGAAGCCGGACAUGAUAUCAAUUAUGUCUCACUAAGUGGAAUGCUUCCAAUCUUUUCUGGAGCUGAAUCAAGUCGUCCAUGGCCACCAGUUAAUAUGUUGGCUGAUUUUGCGGGCGGAGGUCUUACAGCGGCCUUUGGCAUUGUUUCAGCUCUUCAUGCCAGAUCUCAAAACGGUGGAAAAGGAUGCGUUAUAGACUGCUCGAUGACUGAGGGGAUCUCCUAUUUGGGAGCGUUUGUGCAACAUUAUUACGAUCAGUCUCACAUGUUUACGGACAAAUAUGGAAUUUUUACUGGAGAGUGUCCGUUGUACAGAACUUAUAAAACGAAAGAUGACAAGUUUAUUGCCGUUGGAGCAUUGGAGCCGAAAUUCCAUCAAAAUAUGUUCCGAGUUCUUGGCUUUGAUGGAAGUGACAUUUUUGAUGAUCCGGAAAAAUUGGUCAGACAAAUGGAGCAAAUAUUUUUGACUAGAACUCGUGAUGAAUGGUGGCAGAUUUUUGAAGGUAAAGACUGCUGCGUGACACCAGUGCUUAAUAUGGAUGAGGUUGGCGAAUUCGGUCUGCACAAGGAUCGCAGAAGCUUCCAAAAAUCCGAAGUUUAUGGUGGAACCUGGAUCGCCAAACCAGCGCCGCGCAUUUUAACAAUUGACGAUUUGAGAUCGAAAUCGUCAAAGUUAUAA